AUAUUGAAACUAUAUUAUCAUCCACUAUUAUGAUUCAAAUACUUCAGACAAGAUGUAUUUCAUGACUAUAAAAUUUAUCUUGCUUUUCACUUUCGCAUUGAGAACAGGUUUUUCUUUGGAAUGUUAUUCAUGUGGUUCUCAAUUGGGACUGAUGGAAUCGACCAGCAAUUGCGAAUAUUUUUCCUACUCUAGCGAUGAGAAGUAUAAAAUAAUGCAGUGCCUGGAUACUGAUUCUGUUUGUGCCAAAUACAUAGUGGAAGAUAAUGGUUCCAGAUGGAUUCAUAGAUCAUGCCAACGUUACGACAUCUGUUCCCAGUGGAAUUUGAAGUACAAUACUGGAAGGAAUAUGUUAUUGGAGUGCGAAACUUGUGAUGAUAGAAAUUUGUGCAACUCUAGUACUUUUCGGUUGGCUUCUUCAUUUUGCGUGAUUUCCUCAAUUUUUGCUGUAUCAUUUAUGAAAUGAAUUUUAUAUAUCUGCUUCGGUAGAUAAAAAAAUUUAAAGCAAUUUCAGUAUUAGAUGUUUAUUCCAAUUAAAAAUAGAAGAAAAUUCAUUUCA